AUGAAUGAUGAUGGAGGAGGCGAAUAUCUGCGGACGGGAAUGGUUGGAUCAUCUUCACCGUCAAGAUCUCUGUCGAAGUCGUCUCCCCCGUCCGCCACCGUGGGAGUCGGCGUUCACGGUGGUGUAAACUACAUACUACACACCGUGACGAAAUUCGAUACUCUUGCGGGUGUGGCAAUCAAAUACGGAGUCGAAGUAUCAGACAUAAAGAAGCAAAACGGGUUGGUGACAGAUCUCCAAAUGUUUGCUCUUAAGACCCUCCAAAUACCAUGUCCCGGGAGACAUCCUCCUUCCCCAAGCUUGUCCAAUGGACAUGAAACUCCUCCACGGCCAAGCAGCUCUCAGCAGUCUGCAUCUAGCCGUAGAUACUCCGAUAUAUUCGAUUCAUUUCCAUCACUAAAACUGAAAGCUUCGUCAGAUGAAAAAAUCUCACCGGCCAUCAGCCUUUUACGAGGCUAUUACGGUCUCAAGUCAGUUGAUCCGAAAGGAGCAUCAGAAGGGUUUGAAAUGUCUGUAUACCGAAAAGGGGGUUCUCACUAUCUAGAAGAUGGGCCAUUCUCGAAUUCGUCCAACCCUCCACUGAGCCACCAUAGAAAAUCCAAGAGUGCCGCCAACUGUUUAGCUGCCGAAAACGGUGAUCGGCUCAUCAUGUCUCAAGAACCAGAAACUAACGACUCGAUUGAGAAGCUGAUCAGGCGGCGCCAAAAAUCCGUUGCCGAUUUCAGCAAAUGCACUCCGGAAAAGCUUCUCAAGGAGGAAAACACAAGCGGCAUUGCAAUUUCGUCGUCCAUCACGGGCAAGGGCUUGGCCCUUAGGCCCAAGUCAGCGGGCCGGACGAAUGGUGAUGGUGAAACAGGUGGAGCGGGCCCGUUUCCUUUGAGUUUGGGGGAUUCUCUCUUAAACGACAGUGGCAAUGGCAGUGGAGUGCGCAAGUCGUCGAGCACGUCGAGUUUGCAGGAUUCGGAAAAUGGGUCAUUGUCGUCCAUUUGGCCCACGUCUAAGUGGAGUCUGAAAUCGGAUUUUCAAGCUCUUUCUGCUGCAGCCAUUACUAGGCCCAUCUUUGAUGGGCUGCCCAAGCCGUCUAAUCGGAAAAACAAAGCAGCACUGGAUUAG